AUGAUUCUCCACACAUUGCAGUUCCGUGCACUUUCGGAUCAGCUUUUUAGGUCACCUGAACACUACAAGCAUGUUCGAAAAGAGAUUGUAAAACAGUUUGCAGCAAAGAUAUGCCUUUUGACAUCAUUCAGAGACACUUAUUUCAUCGAAAUUAUGCCAUUGUAUGAAGCUCCGAAGCGUGGCAGAGUUUUAAUAUGUAGAUUCAAUGCAGUUAAUUUGCUUCAGAGGUGUUAUGGAUUUUCCUCCUGAAAUAUUCUGAAAUCUAGUAACAUGUAGUUCCAAAAACAGUUUAUGCUUUUCCGUAAUGUGAGAUAAAAGUGCAUGCUUCUUGUAAUUAAUUCAAUAAGUUCCUAGGACUUUUAGUUUAAGGCCCAAAAAAAGCUAAAAUAAAUUAAUUCAAACAGUUAAUUGUCAUGGCUAUCAAUUUUUUUGUUGUAAAAAUUAUUUUGGUUAAUGUCAUAAGAUGCUCUAUGUUUGUAUACCUAGGCCAUUUCUG